CCGGAUUUGAGAGGCUCAGCCGACCUGCUGACGGAAAACCGAUAUGGCGGCCACUCUGGGCAGCGGAGAGCGCUGGACCCAAGGGGGAAUUUGACAGACGCGGGUCCCUGAGCUCACAGAACUGUCAGUCCACUGAGAGAGUUUGACCGGUUAACAGCCUUUUACAAAACACGGCCACUUACAUUGACGCGAUUAGAAGAGACAAAUACCCAGAAGACCAGCGACCUGACAGCCAUGAUCUCUGCGGUUGCUGCAACUGCAUGAAGGCACAAAAGGAAAAAAAGUCUGAGAAUGAGUGGAGUCAGACCCGGCAGGGAGAGGGGAACGCUACUUACACAGAGGAACAGCUACGUGGGGUACAAAGAAUCAAGAAGUGCAGAAAUUACUAUGACAUUCUGGGUGUUCCUCACAACGCCAGUGAUGAAGAACUUAAGAAAGCCUAUAAAAAGCUUGCCCUGAAGUUUCACCCCGACAAGAACUGUGCUCCUGGAGCAACAGACGCCUUCAAAGCGAUAGGAAACGCCUUUGCAGUCCUGAGCAAUCCUGACAAGAGACGCCGCUAUGAUGAAUAUGGAGAUGAGCAGGUGACUUUCACUGUACCUCGAGCCAGAUCUUAUCAUUAUUACAGAGAUUUUGAAGCUGACAUCUCUCCAGAAGAACUGUUUAAUGUAUUCUUCGGAGGACACUUCCCUUCAGGAAAUAUUCACAUGUUCUCAAAUGUGACAGACGACAGUCACUAUUACUGCAGGCGGCACCGCCAUGACAGGACACAGACACAUAAGAGAGAGGAAGACAAAUCUCAGACUCCAUAUUCCGCGUUUGUUCAGCUGCUUCCAGUUCUGGUGAUUGUGACUAUUUCUGUCAUUACUCAGCUGCUGGCUGCUAAUCCCCCAUAUAGUCUAUUCUAUAAAUCAACCUUGGGCUACACCAUUUCUAGAGAAACGCAGAACCUGCAGGUGCCUUACUUCGUGGAUAAAGACUUUGACAAGACCUACCGAGGGGCUUCUCUUCGUGACCUGGAGAAGACGAUAGAGAAAGAUUAUAUUGACUACAUCCAGACAAGUUGUUGGAAGGAGAAACAGCAAAAGUCGGAGCUGACCAAUUUGGCGGGGUUAUACAGAGAUGAUCGACUGCGGCAGAAAGCAGAGUCACUGAAGCUGGAAAACUGUGCAAAGCUCUCCAAGCUCAUCGGCCUCCGCAGGGCCGGCUGAGAGGCCGACGCCCCUGCCCUGGGUGGGGGUUCUUACCCGGUACUAUUACAUUGCAAAUCCCAUUUUAUAAUACACAUUAGGAAAUAUGAGCACUCUGCUAUCUGCUAGCUUUGUUGGGCAGAGAGCUGGAGAAAAAUGGAUACUUGUUUGCCUCCGUCCUUCCCCAAGCCUGGCUCCCAGGGCAGGAAGUUUGUCUUAAUCACGGCAAUGGUAAAGUUUGGACCCAGCUCCUCUGUGAAUGUAGGUCAGGGCAUCCCAAAGAAGACCCGAGUUUCUUUCUUCAUCUUGUCUGCAGCAAAAGCCCACUGCCUAGGCAUGUCUAGGCUUAGGCAGUGCACUUCAGAGUAUUGGUGGUGUCUGCCAGGAAUCACACCUCUCCUGCUGUAGAAUCCCUACAUCCCCGAUUUUCAGUUUUCCACUCCCUAAUGGUGGUCUAGAAAAAUUGAACUAUUUAGCCGAUAGUUCAGUGUUAUCCAAAUCUCUGUUGAGUCAGGAACAUAAACAAAGCUGCCUAAUUUGAGGUUUCUUUUCUUUCUUUCUUGAGAGAAGGACUCUCUCUGAAGCCUAGACUAACCUGGAACUCACUACCUAGUCCAAGCUGGCCUUGAAUCUGCUGCCUGGGCCCCAAGAGCUGGGAUUCAGUUGGAAGCCACCUUAGCCAGUGAGGUUCUGGUAUUGUCUUAGUCUUCUCUUUCAGAAGACCUAAGAAGUAAAACCUGGUUGAGCAGGCUAGGUAUAGUGGUGUCCAUCUUUAAUCUUAGCACUCAGGAAGCAGAGGCAGACCAUUCUCUCUGAGUUCAAGGCCAGCCUGGAUCACAUAUUAAUUCCAGACCAGCCAAAGUUACAUAAUGAAACCUUGCCUCAAAACAAACAAACAAACAAACCUGUUGAACUGUGAAACAGUUCAGCAGCAGGAAGGAGAAGGUGAGAUAUGAGACUGUCAGCUCUUCACUGUAGAUUCCCUGGUCCAUGUCGGAACUGUAGAGUACUCUGUGUCACUCCCUUCAGAUCAUUUAGUGUUCUAGGUUGUGUGAUGAGCACAAGAAUGCACAGAAGGGCAGCAGUCAAACCCAAGAGGAGGCACAGGCAGCAUGAGGGGCUCACGCGUGCGUGUGGCAGCAGCCAUUUUGUUUGAUGGCGUGCCCUGAACAUUUCAGGAUGAGAUAGUGAUGCGACCUUUCGUCCCUUCACUAUUUAUGGAGUGCCCACUACAAAGGGAGGCCUUUCAUUCACGUGCUGUUUUGUUUCAUUUUGUUUUUUUCAUUUAUUCCUCCUAACAACUUGUGAAGCCGGUGCAUUAGCCCUUUUAUGAAUCAGAACAUUAACCAGAGAGGAUGACCAGUUGGCCUGGUCACAUGACUAGGUGAGGAAAUAUAGUAUGUGAGAGAUCAUUCUUUUUCUUGGGUGAUUCUAGCCAGGUUGUCAAAGCAGAUUUUCCUCAUCCUACAUCCUCUGCCCCCAACUCGAAUCCUUUCCAUGGCCAUCCUGAGUCCCUUCAGGACUGCUUUCUGCUGGACUAGGGCUGGACAAGGCUCUGGUCGUUAGAAGAGCACUGACUGCUCUUCCAGAGGACCCGGGUUCAAUUCCCUGCACCCACCUGGAAGCUCCCAUCAUUCUGUAACUCCAGUUCCAGAGGACCUGACUCUCUUCUGGCCUCCACAGGCACUGUAUGCACCUGGUGCACAGACACACAUGCAGGCAGAACACCUACAUACAUUUUUUAAAAAGCAGGACACUUGAUUCAAAUCCUUUAGAGGCAGAAAAAGCAACUCUUUCUAGAGCUAAGUCAUUGGUUGCUUAGGCUGUGUGGUUGGGUCUUCCUGUGGAGGGCGGGGUCAGAUUUGAGUUCCUGAUCUGCCCAGAUUAUCGUGAGACUGAAUUUAAAAGGAGAAGCAGGUAACUGGUUUAUAGUCCAUGUCUUUUUUCUUUUCUUUUUCUUUUUAGAAAGGGUUUCAUGUAGCCCAGGCUGGCCUCAAAGUUUAUACACAGUCAGAAACCUUGAACAACUACUACUACUACUACUACUACUACUACUACAGUCAGAAACCUUGAACAACUACUACUACUACUACUACUACUACUCCUCCUCCUCCUCCUCCUCCUCCUCCUCCUCCUCUUCCUCCUCCUCUUCUUCCUCCUCUUCCUUCUCCUCCUUCUUUUCCUCCUCCUCUUCCUCUUCUGUUUUAGGGGAGGGAGCAGUUCUAGAAAGUUUUUUGUUUGUUUUUUUAAUGUAGCACUGGCUAUCCUGGAACUCACUCUGUAGAUCAGUCUGAUGUUGAACCCAGAGAUCUGCCUGCCUCUGCUUCCUAAGUGCUGUGGUUAAAGUCAUGCACCACUAUGCCCUGCCCUGUCUGUCUGUCUGUUUGUUGAAACAGGCCUUUUCUGUAUAGCCCUGGCUGUCCUGGAACUCACUUUGUAAAUCAGGCUGGUCUUGAACUCACAGAUCUUCCUGCCUCUGCCUCUUGAGUGCUAGUUAUAUGGAUUCAAGGUGUGUGCCACCACUUCCCAAGACUUUGAACUUCUGAUCCUCCUGCCUCUGCCUCCUGAAUGCUAGAAUCAGUCCUGGUUUAUGUGGUGCUGGAGAAUGAACCUGAGGCUCUGUGCAUGCUAACUAACAAGCUACAUCCCCAGACUUCCUAAUUUUUUGAGAAUCUCUUUAACUUAUGAGCAACAGGGAGUUUAUUCUGUAAAAUGUGUCAGACAUGGUGGCAUAUAGCUUUAAGCCCAGCACUCAGAAUGCAGAGGUAGAUAGAAUACUGUGAGUUCAAGGCCAACCUGCUUUACAUAGAAAGUUCAUAGUGAAACCCUGUUUCAAAACAUACACUGUAGAAUGUACCCAUGAACCAAACAAACUUAAGGAAAGUUCCUAGACAUGAACACUUUCCCCUCCCAACCUCAGGCUCUGCUAGAAAAUGAACUGUCCUGAAACUGGCCUGCCAGGGCAGAGCCCCUCCCACUAGAAGACCUUUCCUAGUUCUGUGGAUUUCCUGGCACUGCUGAGUUAUCUGUAAAGUAAUAACCAGAGGCAACACUAACAGCUCGGUCACCUGUCACACCUAUUGUCUGUCCUUACAGCAUGGUGGCACUGUUUUAUUUAUUCCUGUAGACUACCAUACUCAUAUUGUUUCCUUGCUUCAGCGGAAAGAUAAUUGGCACUAUACAGAAUAGUGUUAAACUCUUUAAUUCCUUGCUUAAAAUUUAUAUAACAUUGGCUGUGCAUUGGUAAAAUAAGCUUUGUUCUCUUGCCUACAUCUUUUGGGAGAUUUCCUGGCACAGGAAGCUCUUUGCUGCAGCUGUUCUUGCUGUCAGUGUGGCUCACAGCUUGAGGCCACAGAAUGGAGACUGAUGGGAGUGAGGCUCACAGGAGUAGAAACUGCCAUUUACGCGAAGUGUUUUCUUAAGUGAGAGGGAGACAGAAAAUCCUCCUCUGUAGGAACUGUAGAGCCUGAAGGAGCUUGUUCCUCACUAUCUCCGUUUCAUUGAUCAGCUCCAGGCCUCACAGCUUGGGAUAAGUGACCUACGGUAAGGAAAUAGCAUUGCUAUGCAUGCUUAUGGGAACUGUUAGAAAGGACGAGAAAUACCAAGCCCUGCUGGAGCCCGGAUCCAGCAGGCUGCUGAGCUGCACGCCAUUUCCCUUUCCAUCUUCACUCAGAACCGGCGCUGCCAGGGGCACCUUGGGAAUCCCAGCAGGUUCCCGUUGCAGCUGGCUCUCACAACCAACCCACUGUCUCUGCAUGCACUACUCCUCACAGGAGCUGUUAGACUGGUGUCCUAAUACAUUUAUUUUGGGAAAGGGCCAAGUUACUAUACAUCUUAACAUUUGGGCCUGCACUGUUGAUACCUCAUGCAGUAUCAAGUAACUUAUAUCCUAAGUACAUUCGCAUCAUACUUGGUUUUUAGAGGUGGAGAAGGGAGUACUCAGUGACUAGAGUCAGGAAUGACAUCUGAGAAAUUAGUUGGCAGUGAAAAAUGCUGAAAACUCUGGUCACCUGACCCACGGCAUCUGGAGUGUGUUUUAACAAGUGAACAUGAAUAUUAAACGAUUUUACAUACAAAA